AUUAAAUGAGGCCAACAGUCGAGAGAAAAAAAAAUGCCCACAUACAGCUAACACAGAUGCCCGCCAUCAUCGCAACGUCUUGAAGACGUUCGAGAUUGGUCGACCUGAGGAGUGCUUGAAGAAAGCUUAAAAUGGCAGACUAUUUAAGCCUUGGUUUUGGGAAGGCCGACUUCUACAAUGUCUCCGUAUCCUUGAAGGUCAUCCAGUGUGCUGAGCUCAACAUAUCAUCAUCCAUCCCUGAUUCCGAGGCAGAUGAUGAAAUGCCCUUGUUUAGCAGUUGGGAUUUGGCCUUGUCUCAAUUCCUGGAGCCAUGGUCAUCUGACAUUGCUGAACCAUUUAAGGCGAUUCCUGAACAGGAUGACAUUCCCCUGUUAAAUUGUAAUGAAACUUUGGACAGGAUGUUCCAGUUCAGUGUGUAUCCCUUAGUAGUACUGGACUGGUUUCUGGUCUUUCUGCUUGCACUAAUCAUGCUGCCUGCUGUCUACUUUUCUAUCAGGGCAGGUGUCUCAUAUCUGAAAUCUCAAAAGAUGAAGAAAUCUGCAGGAAAACAGACCUCAAAAGUAGCACCAAUGACUAAAAGCGAUGUUGACUGCCCAGCCCCAGGUCCGGUCACUUGUACAGGUGACAUCUUGGACUUUGAUCAAACAACAGCUGUUAAACUUCCCCCAGGUGUAAACAGAGAUUUGCCGUCCGACAGGAAGGGAUGUCAGAUUGACAAAGGUGAUGUUGGGAGAUUUUUGUCGCAGACCCUUGACUUGCUGAACACUGGCCUUAACCGAGUGUUGUGGAAGACUUCCUCGAUGGCAGGAAGUGGUUCUGUGGUUGCCUCCCCAAUGCUUAGCCGGAGAUGGUCGUCUAAUCUGGGCUCUCGCUCAUCCAGCACAACAGCAUCUUUGGGACUGAGGAGGACAGGUCAAUCUGCAACCAACUUGUCUUCGAUGGCUGCGGAAGAACCAAUGUCUCUUGAUGGAUGGGAUGACUUUGAAGAAUGCUUCGUGAGAUCCGGUUGGCGUCAGAGUCGCAUCCCGAGGAUCAGCCGAUCUAGAGUUGGUGGAGAAAGCCUGCAGCAACUUACGUCGUUCUUGGAAGGAAGUCUGUCCACAGAUGGUGGUCACUGGCGAGCCUCCUGUAUGGUGGUCACAUACUUGUUAAGACUGGUCGAUACAGAACUGCAAAAGUUGUCCAACGCAACCAGCUUUGGAUUAAAGUUCAUCAAUUUUAGACCUGUUGGAAGCUCUGUCAAGGGUACAAAGACUGGUUCUCCAAACACAUUUGACAUACUCAUGGUUCUCCAGCCCACCUGUUCCAGUCUGCAAGAAGCAAUAGUUGGAGAAAAACUUGAUGGUUUAGCUUCUGGCAAAACAGUCCUUGUCCUGGCAGAUAUGGCAUUAGGAAUUUCAAAGCGUUUUGUCAAGGAGGUCCGACUUCAAGAAAGCAAGAAAAAUUGUAUGUUAACAAGGCAGACCUGUUUCACAGCACAUGGGUUACUGGAUAGUGCCAUGGCGGAAGUGGCCGCCAAAAGCCGUAAGCUCUCUGAAAGACUCCCAUAUAGAAUCGUAAAGAUCGAGUCCAAACCGACCUUUUCCAGGCUUCUCCUGGACACCAAGCCCAUUAAAAACAUCGGCUUUGAUGUGGAGGAAAUCUGCAUAAAUAUUUUCCCUGCAGUUUGUAUUGCAGAUGGUGGCCUUCAGAGACUUCCUUUAUACGCUGUGCCUGACUGGGAUUACCGUGGUGGAGGUUCAAGCCGAUCACUCUCUGUACCAAAGAGAAACAACGGCAUUGAGUCUGAGUUUCAGUGGUCGUUCUGCACGACUGCCUUCGAGGAGGCAUAUUUGUCAGCGAUUGAGCAGAGAAUGAAACUUUCUGCUGUAGAUUCCUGCCAUUUGACUUGCCUGCAUCUCAUGAAGACUAUCUUACAGAUUACUGACUCAAACGUUGACGAUUCUUCUUCUAAUGCUAAUAUUUCAGGGUACUGGCUGGAGACUGUCAUCAAUUUCCUACUUUUGGAAAGCUCUCCAGAAAUGUGGGGUUUUGAUAGAUUGACAAGCAGACUUUCGGACGCAAUCAUUUUUUUCAGGAGAGCGGUACAAAACCAAAGGCUGCCUCAUUUUUUUAUCAGCAACCCUCACCUGCUAAAACAAUUCCCUUACCUGAAGAUGUUUCCAUGGUUAUCAGGAGACAAGCAGGUUAACCUGAUGUCUUCUCUGACUGAGGCAAAUUCUGAAAUGAUAUUAAAGCAGAUUGAAGAGCAAAUGUUAAAGUUACCAUUAAGACAUAUGUUAAGCCAGAACUACUCAGCUGAAAUGUGGGAGUACGAGUUCUUUUGUUUUUAAUCGAAAAAUCUCUAUUAGUAAAGUUGGAUUCACAUAGCCAGAUCAAUCAAUGCACUCGUAAUUUCGUUGGGUUUGGUUGAUAUUGUUACCAUUGGCAAUUUUUGUUCAGUAUAAUUGAAGUCAGUUUUAUGUGGGCAUAUAUAUGUUGAAGUGAAUUUCAAUGUUUUGAAGUGAUGUCCCUUUACUAAGAUUAAGAAAGUUGUUCUAUGAAUUUGCAAACUAUAUCAAAGUGCUACAUGUAUAUUAAAGUUGAUAUUGAUGUUAUUUCAAUCUCUGGUAUGAUUUCUUAACUUAUCACAUAUGUCGUAGAAGGCUUAAACUAUAUAAUGUCCAUGUGUCGUGUACUUAUCUUCUCAUUCAGGUAUAUGGUAUAUUGCCUGGUGUAUAUAUGUUAUACAUGUAUAUGUAUCACACUAAGUUGCCAGUCUUUGCCUCCAAAGGGCCAAGAGAUACUGUGACGGUUAUCUCUCUUACACAGCCAGGCAAACAUCAAGAUCUGCCAGGGGAGUACUACGGCUGCGCAAAUCUUAAAGCAUGACAUAAAGUAUAGCUAACAUAGAAGUACAACAGACAACAAUUAUACUGGUGAUCACUCAAAGCAAGUAAUCUGUGAUGGGUACAUUUGAAUGGUCACAUAAAUUUGAUGAUGAUAUUUAAGCACUUCUUUUAAAGGAUUUUUCUGCAUACUUAGAAACAUGCAAUUAGCCUACUUUAUUUGCAGAUUUAUAUAUUGUGAAAAAUUGUGUAUAUACUGGGACUCAGUGCUGAAUUUCAUAUGGUAUGGAUCUUUCAUGGUUGUGCUGUUUGAAUCUUGUGAUUGUUGUAAGGCAUAUUAUAUAUGACACGUGUACAGGUAUGUAGAUAAUUGAGUUUUAUAGUAUAUGUACACUCUUGUGCUUGGUUGUAUUUUUAUGUAUGUGUAUUAUAGGU